CCCCGCGCCCCGCGCCUCGCGCCCCGCGCCGUUCGUGACCGCUUGAUGGGGGUCAACGGCACCGCCGCCGCCGCCGCCGGGCAGCCCAAUGUCUCCUGCGCGUGCAACUGCCAGCGCUCUUUGUUCCCCAGCAUGGAGAUCACGGAGCUGGAGUUCGUGCAGAUAGUGGUCAUUGUGGUCGUGAUGAUGGUGAUGGUGGUGAUGAUUACGUGCCUGCUGAGCCACUACAAGCUGUCAGCCCGUUCCUUCAUCAGCCGACACAGCCAGGCCAGGAGGAGAGAUGACGGACUGUCAUCGGAAGGAUGCCUCUGGCCCUCAGAGAGUACAGUGUCAGGCGGAAUGGCAGAGCCACAGGUCUAUGCCCCACCUCGGCCCACUGACCGCCUGGCUGUGCCCCCCUUCGUCCAGCGGAGCCGUUUCCAGCCCACGUACCCCUACCUGCAGCAUGAGAUUGCCCUACCACCUACCAUCUCACUGUCUGACGGGGAGGAGCCUCCACCCUACCAGGGCCCCUGCACCCUCCAGCUACGGGACCCUGAGCAACAGCUGGAACUGAACCGAGAGUCUGUGCGUGCACCCCCCAAUCGGACCAUCUUCGACAGCGACCUUAUGGACAGCACCAUGCUGGGAGGCCCCUGUCCCCCAAGCAGUAACUCGGGCAUCAGCGCUACCUGCUAUAGCAGUGGUGGGCGCAUGGAGGGGCCACCUCCCACCUACAAUGAGGUCAUCGGUCACUACCCAGGGUCCUCCUUCCAGCACCAGCAAAGUAACGGGCCACCCUCCCUGCUAGAGGGGACCCGGCUCCAUCACCAUCACAUUGCCCCCCUGGAGAACAAGGAAAAAGAGAAACAGAAAGGCCACCCCCUCUAAGAGUGGGGCCUAGGGGCACCAGUAGGCAAAACCGCAAAAAAACAAAAAACAACAACAAAAAAAAACACUCUGCACUUCUUACAAGAGAAGAGAGGAAGGAAGGUAGGGGGCACGCAGGCCAUAUGGCAUGUGUCAGUUAUCCUCCCUGUGUAUAAAUAUUUACAUGUUCUGUGUGGUCUGAAUGCAAAAGCUCAGAAAGCUUGCAAAACAAAAAAACAAAACAAAACAAAAAACCACGUUUCUUUGUUGAGCCGUGUCUUGAAGGCAAAAGAGAAAAAUCAUCCACUAGUCUUUUUUUUUUUCUCCAUUGUUCUUAGUUGAGCUCCGUGCGUGAAUGCUUAAUUUCUUUUGUUUAUGAUGGUUUCACUUAACUUUAAAGACAUAUUUGCACAAAAACCUUUGUUUAAGAUCUGCAAUAUUAUAUAUAUAAAUAUAUAUAAAAUAAGAGACACUGUAUGUGGGAGAGCAGGAGUAUUUUUGUAUUAGAAGAGGCCUAUUAAAAAAAAAAGUUGUUUUCUGAACUAGAAGAGAAAAAAAAAAUGGCAAUUUUUUGAGUGCCAACUCCGAAAGUGUGUAUUACCUUGUAAAGAAAAAAAAAACCUACAAAGCAGGGGUUUAGAGCUAUUUAUAUAAAUGUUGAGAUUUUGCACUAUUUUUUAAUAUAAUAUAUCAGUGCUUGUUUGAUGGAAA